UAGCAACGGUCUGGCGGCGCCGUGUCGGUUGUUUGAUCUUCGUCAGCCGGCUCCACCGAAGCCGCGACUCCCCUCCUCACACCCAAGACUUCCACUCACUCAACCAAAAAAAAAAAAAUUGACGUGGCGUGGUCUUAUUCGUCCGACGAGUCACUCACACCGCGUCCUUUCGCUACGCUCGUUCCUACCUUACGCGUACCCCUCCCAAGGAAAAGAGCCACCGAUUAAAAAGGGGCAAACGAUUUCAUUCACAGAGCCCUCGUUAUCGGACUACUCUCUCUCUCCUCUCUCUAGAUUUUCUCCUCCUCAAAUCUCCGUCGAUCUAGUUGUCUUCCGAAAAUGGCUAAUGCAGCUUCUGGGAUGGCUGUGCACGAUGACUGCAAAUUAAGGUUCAUGGAGCUGAAGGCAAAAAGAACUUACCGCUUCAUAGUUUACAAGAUAGAGGAGAAGCAGAAGCAAGUUAUUGUGGAAAAGGUUGGUGAACCGGGCCAAAGCUACGAAGAUUUCACCGCUUGUCUUCCUGCGGAUGAGUGCCGCUAUGCUGUCUUUGACUUUGACUACUUCACUGAGGAGAAUGUUCCCAAAAGCAGGAUUUUCUUCAUUGCAUGGUCACCCGAUACGUCAAGGGUCAGAAGCAAAAUGAUUUACGCUAGCUCCAAGGACAGGUUCAAGAGAGAGCUAGAUGGGAUUCAGGUAGAGUUGCAAGCUACUGAUCCAACUGAGAUGGGUCUUGAUGUUUUUAAAAGCCGUGUCAACUGAAUAAGAUUUGUUGGCUUGAAACGGAGAUCUCCGUGCAGUUUCCUUACUCGAGUGGAUGCUUAUAGUUUAUGGGAUGGUGAACUUGGCUACAUAUGGUAUUGGUUAUCCAAGUGCAGUGUCCUAUUUAUUUGAACAACAUUUGUGGUUUCCGGUAUAUUAUGUUGGCUUGUUAUUUGUAAAACGUUUUAAUGUCUCACUUGUAGAGGUCUUCUACAAGCUAAUAUGUUGCAGAUUGUGGGGUAGGAAAACCUUUAGUUUGUUUUGAAAAUUAUUGACUCCUGUUGUUCUACAAGCUGAAAGGUUUAUUGGUC